AUGUUUACCCAAAAUGAGGAACAAUGGAAGGAAACAAAUGAUUUAGGUAGUAGCGAAUAUCGCCAACGUAUUACCCAUGAAAAUAUUUGCAAUUGCAAUAAUAAUUUGCGACGAUAUCAUACGUCACGAUCAUUAUCGCAAGAUUUGCGAAAAUCAACAGAUUAUUGUGCUGGAUUUAAUGAUUAUAUGACAUUAUAUCCAUCAAAUCUUUGGUAUCAAAAUGACCUCAAAAGGCGUAGUCGACAACAAUAUCGUCAUAGUUCAAAUGAUUAUUCCAAUUUCUCCAAUAAUUAUUCUCGUAAUCAACAACGUUAUCGUGAAAGUCGCAGUGAAGGAAGUUAUAAAUGUCGCAAACAUUGGGAUACAUUCGACCAAAUGGUAACCAAUGGUCAAACUGAUCAAUUUGUUGAGGAAAAUUUUAAAAAUCAUCGAACAGUUCGCUUCAUCCCGAUGACAUUUGUUUCGACAUUACCUAAAAAUGAUUCAUCAAAUAUUCAAAUACCUACUACCACUACUACUAUCACUACUACUACCAGUACUACUACUAUCACUACUACUACUACUACUACUACUUCUACUGCCACUACUACUACUACUACUACUACUACUAGUACUGUCUCGAGGAAUAUUCCAAUUGAUAUCGAUAAUUUAUCAAAAGUAGCAACAAAUACAUCUUAUUAUGGACCAUUUCUUGCUCGUAAAAUAAGAAUUACACCAGCAAUAAUACCAAUUACAACAAGAAGAUAUCGAUCAGUUCAUGAGCGUUAUUCAUUGGAACGAAAAUAUUUGCGCAAUAAUGAAUCGAAAAGCGACAAUAAUUUAACAAAUGUGACAUUAUCAGAUGACAAAUUAAACAAUUCAAGAAUUAUAUCUAAUACUAUUCCAAAAUAUAUUUGCAAUGAAUUUGAUGAAAUACCAUUAUUUAUGCCAAAAAAUUCCAAAGCUUAUGAUCAAAUCAAUCUAUCAUCAUCAUCAUCAUCAUCAACGAUGGACGAUAAAUUGAAGAAAAAAUCAUUAACAAAAGAAGAGCAUCAUGAAACUGAAACUGGACAUGAUACAUUAAUGGAAGGAUUAGCAUUGCUAAAAGAACAUCAGAAGAAAGUGGAAGAUGAAAAAGGAAUUUCGGGAAUAUUCGAGAAUAAUCAAAUAAAUAUUACAAAAAAAAAUUCCGAAAUUCGUGAAUAUUUGCAGGAAAAAAUGCAACAAUUUGCAAUUAAAAAAAUUGCAACUUAUUGGCAUAAAAAAACAUUGAAAAAACGCAAUGAAAUAGAUAAUAAAUAUUUAAAAAAAUUAAAUUCGACAAAGAUCAAUGAUCAUUGCUUAUAUGAUAAGUAUAUGAAUGAAAAUGAUAUGAUAAAAUCACAACCAAUAUUAACAACAAAUAUUGAAAAGACAUCAACCAAUGAUAUUAUUAAUGAUGUUUGUAGUAAUAAAUCAAAAUUUAUUAUGGAAAAAUUUAGUGAAGAAGGAGAAAAAUUAUGUAAAAUUUUCAAUGAAGCAGAAAUGAUUAAUGAUAAGAAGAUGGAUGAAUCAAAGAAUGGAAUGAUUUCAACUGAUACAGAGGUUAAAAUAAGCCCAAAGUUAUCACCACCACAUUCACGAGAAAUUUCAUCAACUUAUCCAAUACAACCAUCCAUUGAGAGUCAUGAUCGAGACGACGAUGAAGAAUUUGAAAUCAUCCCAAUUUCAAAAACUGAAAAACCGGAAAGUAACAGGAUACGGGAUACGAUAUUAUCAAGUGCUACAACAACAACUAUUCCCGUUUCCGAAGAAUCUUCAAGACAACAGCCAUCAUUUUACAACGGUCAAAAACAUGAAAGAAUCACUGCCGAAGUAUUUAUUCGAAAUCCAACAAAUUUAAAACCAACAAUAAUUAAUGUUUCUGUUAGUGAUAAGAAAGCUAAAAAACCAUGUUGGAUGAUAUUGCAUACAUAUGAAUCACCAUCAUCUGAUAUAACUGAUAAAAGUAAUAUUACAAGAAAAAAAUUUGAUAAAACAAUGGUUCAUUUUGGAUCUGAUAAUUGUUUGAAUAAAAAAAGCAAUGAAAUGGAAAAUUUAACGAUUAAAAAUCGUCCCGAAACAGGAAAUAAUAUUAUUUCAACUAUUACUAUCCCAAAAUUGAAACAGGAAAUAUUUGAACGAAAUCAAAUAAAAAUGUCAACAAUAUCUGAUUCUGAAUUACGAUCAAAAAUAAAUCUUACAGUUAAAACUCGAUUAAAUACAUCAAUUGAAACAACAGUUAUCAGUGAAUAUAAAGUAACAGUUAUCAGUGGAAGUAAGUUUAUUAGUUAUACGGCCAAACCGCUCAAGCCUGCAUUGAAUGAAUCUGAUAUCGAUCAUAUCACUUCAAUGCAAACAUCAUACAGUAAUUUAUUAUCCAAUAUAUUAACCAUAUCAAAAAUUAAUCGAUAA